AUGGGAUGGCGUCAACAAACCGAGUCGCUAUGGCGACCGCCGUCCUCCCGAAACGCCUUCAAGAAUUCGGCUAAGAAGCCAAAAUUUCUGGACUACCCCUUGGUCCAGAUCGCCAACGAAUCAAGGAGAUUUCUGGACGACGACCACCACGACCAUCAUGACCAUCAUGACGAUCACCACCACCAUGAUGACCAUCACGAUGACCAUCAUGAUGACCACCACGACGACCAUCAUCACGACGAUCAUCAUGAUGACGACCAUCAUGACGACCAUCACGACGACGACGAUCACCACGAGAAGAAGGAAAAGCCCAAGCCUAAACCGAAGCCUCUCACGUGCAUGCAGAAAUUCCAGCUCAAGAGCAAGUCGUGCACCGAGAAAAAGCACGAGUGCAUGGAGAAAGCGACUGGUUCCUCCGAGGGCAUGGCAAUGUGCGAGGCGCGGGGCAAGACGUGCGGGCGCAAGGCAUACCGGUCGUUCAAGACUUGCAAGUACGGCAAGUGGGGGUGCAAGGACUGGUGCCUGUACCACCGCCGGCAGUGCUACAAGGGGCAUAAGAUGGGGUGCGAGGCGAAUUACGCGGCGUGCGUUAAGGCGUGCACGAAGCCCAAGAAGGAGAAGGAGGACGACCAUGAUGAUGACCAUCACGACGACCAUGAUGACGAUGAUGAACACCAUGACGACCACCAUGAUGAUCAUCAUGACGACCACCACCAUGAUGAUGAUCACCAUGAUGACCAUCAUGACCACCAUGACGAUCAUCAUCACGACGACCAUCACGACCACCAUGAUGACCACCACCACGAUGAGUAG